UCCAGGAAACGACUCGGUCGUCUCUCCGGCCGCUCGACCGGGCGCCCGCAGAAGCCGCCGCGGCCGUCCGCGCCGGCGCCUCCCUCCGGGCCCGCCUCCCGGUCACCGCCCGGCCUCCUCGGGGCCCCCGAGCGCACACCGGGCUGCGGCCGCGCGGAGUCGGCGGCCUCGCGCUCGCCUGCGGGGCCUGGGGCACCGCUGCGCCCUGCGAGGGGGCCCGCCGCUCUUCCCGCCCGCUCUCCGCGUCCCCGUCGUCCCCCUCGGGUCCCCGCUCCGGGCGGCUGCUGCCAUGGGCACCGACAGCCGCGCGGCCGGGGCGCUCCUGGCGAGGGCCAGCACCCUGCACCUGCAGACCGGGAACCUGCUCAACUGGGGCCGCCUGCGGAAGAAGUGCCCGUCCACGCAUAGCGAGGAGCUUCGAGACUGUAUCCAAAAGACCUUGAAUGAGUGGAGUUCCCAAAUCAGCCCUGAUUUGGUCAGGGAGUUUCCAGAUGUCUUGGAAUGCACCGUGUCCCAUGCAGUCGAGAAGAUAAACCCUGAUGAAAGAGAAGAAAUGAAAGUUUCUGCAAAACUGUUCAUCGUAGGAUCAAAUUCUUCAUCAUCAACUAGAAGUGCAGUUGACAUGGCAUGCUCAGUCCUUGGAGUUGCACAGCUGGACUCUGUGAUCAUUGCUUCGCCUCCAAUUGAAGAUGGAGUUAAUCUUUCCUUGGAGCAUUUGCAGCCUUACUGGGAGGAACUAGAAAACUUAGUUCAGAGCAAGAAAAUAGUUGCUAUAGGCACCUCUGAUCUAGACAAGACACAGCUGGAGCAGCUGUAUCAGUGGGCACAGGUAAAACCAAAUAGUAAUCAAGUUAAUCUUGCCUCCUGCUGUGUGAUGCCACCAGAUCUGACAGCAUUUGCUAAACAAUUUGACAUACAGCUACUGACUCAUAAUGACCCAAAAGAACUGCUCUCUGAGGCAACUUUCCAAGAAGCUCUUCAAGAAAGCAUUCCUGACAUUGAAGCCCAGGAGUGGGUGCCGCUGUGGCUGCUGAGAUACUCAGUCAUUGUGAAAAGCAGAGGAAUCAUCAAGUCAAAAGGCUACAUUUUGCAAGCCAAAAAAAGAAAGGGUUCUUAACUACAACACAGCCUCACAACUCGCUGCUGACCCUAUAUUUAUCUUGAACACAAGAUAAAAAUUCAUAUGAUAAAAUUGAGAUGUGUAAAAAAAAAUCUAGCUAUUACCUACAAGAAGUGUAACUGAGGCAUGUAUUCAGUUGUUUUGGCAGUGUGCUGUCAAGUUUUGAAUACUUCUCCCGCCUCCGCGUCAGCAUACUCACAGGAACCACUGUCUUGUUUUCAUUAAACUAUUGUUUUCUAAUGGAAAUUGUCUAUAAAGAAAAAUACUUGCAAUAUUUUUUCUUAUUUUUAUGAGUAAUAGAAAUCAAGAAAAUUUGUUUUUAGAUAUAUUUUGGCCUAGGCAUCAGGGUGAUGUAUAUACAUAUUUUUUAUUUCCAAGAUUCAUUAAUUGCUUCUUACUCUAUACUUGUAUAACUAAGCAAUUAAAUUACAAUUGUUAAAUACUGGAAGAGAUUUUUUUUUUUCUGUCAUUGGCAAAAUAGUCUAUCUCAGAGUAACUAUAACAGCUGGGAUCUGCUAGUGAUGUGAAUAAAAGUCAUUCUUUGAUCCGUGAAUGGAAA